AUGGCGCCUGUCGAUCGCGUAGACCACAAUGCCCUUGAGCAACAGCUCAAGGACAUCAUCCAAGAUCUCUACCAAAUAAUGGUACAAGUCUCAACCUACGACUCCGUCGGCCGAUCCAGCAGGGAGGUUCUCAUCAACGAAAUCAAAACCCUCUCCGACUCCCUUCGCACCGUUCAUUCCUCCGCCUCUCCCCCAAACAAUUUACCUUCAGUGCCCCCAGAACUUGUCGAGUAUGUCGAGCACGGCCGUAAUCCAGAUAUCUACACCCGAGAAUUCGUCGAGCUGGUGCGCCGAGGUAAUCAGCUUAUGCGCGGCAAGCUCAACGCCUUUGGAACCUUUCGCGACAUCUUGGCGGAGAACAUCACCUCGGCUAUGCCUGAGUUGCGUGACGAUGUGGCCCAGGUCGUCGAGGCCACUGGGGGCGUGCCGCCUGGGAGGAGAAACGGUGAGCAGCCGCAACAAAACGGCAAUGCUACCAACCAUGCAUCAUCGUCUGCUGCUUGA